ACGGGCACGGCAUAGCCGCCUCGCCGCGCGGCGGGAGGCAAUCGCGUAAAAUAUAAUAGUAUACGCGAGCUGUUUUUGCUCAAACGCAAGUAUGAUACAUGUCGCGUGGUGGGCCGCCUGCCUCACGAUCGCGAGCGCGCGGGUUUUCGACAACUGCGAGUUGGCGCGCGAACUCCAAGAACACGGCGUUAAUCGGGACCACAUAGCGACUUGGGUGUGCAUCGCUUUCCACGAGUCCCGCCUCGACACCGCGGCCCAGAACUACGGCAGUGGGGAUCACGGCAUCUUCCAGAUCAGCGAACUGUUCUGGUGCGGCCCCGGCAAGGCUUGCGGCGUUCCCUGCUCCGCCUUCAGGGAUGACGACAUCAAAGACGACAUUCAGUGCUCCCUGCAAAUCCACGAGGAGCACACGCGGCUGCAGGGCGACGGGUUCCUGGCCUGGGUAGUCUACCCGCAGCAUUGUAAACAAAACACAAAGAAGUAUCUAGCUGAAUGCGAUAGCUUUCCGAAGAAUUUCGCCGCUAAAAGUCAACACAAACCGAAAAUUAUCGAACUUUACGAGAGGAAUGCGACCGCCGAGCGCACUCUCAGUCCGAACGCUCGGGUACCUCAAAAUAAUUACUACAGUGAUUUCCAAAAGCCAGCAUUUUUAGCGGUCAGCGAUAUUUUUCGGAACAACUUCAAAUAUGAUUUCGAACAAGCUGGUAGAAGAAAAAAUCUGAUUGAUGAUAAAAUUAAAAACGUCGAUGAUUUAAAACUUCCUCGAUUUAGCAGCAAUAUUAAUAAUCUUCCGAGUACAACCACUAAAUCGCCUGCAACGACAACUACAACAGGAGCCACUAUUAUAACUACCACUGUGCCUCCGUUUGUGCCUUGGAAAGUGAUCGAAACCAAUCAAUUCCGAAACAGAAUCCCACAGGACGCGAAAGAUUUAGUGCGAUCUGGCUUUAAAAAAGACUUUGGGGUGUCGAGAUACGAAAUUACUUCUAAGUUGCCUUAUUCUAAACCUAUUCUGCCACCUUUAUCACGGAGUUUACUAACUUCGACUACAUAUAGGCAAGCGUUCCCAACGACAACUUCCUAUCCACGGACUACAAGAGCUCUAACUAACUUCCCUGAGCAUUCAACAACAUUAAACUCUCAAAGGUCUUCCUUAUCGCCACUUCCGACAAGAUCACCAUUUGACUACUUAUCAUUUCGGAAACAAUCUUCACAAAACACUCCAUCGUUAACAACGAGAAUAUGGACAACAAAAGCCCGGACCACACCACCACCUACCACGGGAUUGCCACUUAAAUCGUCAAGAUUCGAACCUUCAAAGCCGACGCAAUCAGUAUUCGAUCUUUAUCUAAACCCUACAAAGCGCUCACUUCCUUCAUACAAAUUCAAUUCAGACAGAAACAGCCCGUUCAAGUUGACGAUUUUCUCUGGCGGCACCACGACUCUCGCUCCGUCGUAUAAGGUUUAAAUUUAAUAUAUU